UCGUGCUAUUGUUAAUGCCUGAUCGACUCUUUACAUGACUGUUGUCUGUCCAUACCACUGAUGUAGAUAGAGACGCAUUUAUUUGCGAAAUAGUGUAAAACUGACAUCGAGACAGAAGUCUCGCCACAAGCCAACAUGAAGAUAAACAUCGAUGGAUUAUUAGUCUACUUUCCGUAUGACUACAUUUAUCCCGAACAAUACUCAUACAUGCUUGAACUCAAGAGGACACUUGAUGCAAAGGGUCAUGGAGUUCUCGAGAUGCCUUCAGGAACAGGAAAAACAAUUUCUCUUCUUUCCCUCAUCGUUGCUUACCAGAAGGCCUACCCAUUAGAAGUGACUAAACUCAUCUACUGCUCUCGGACUGUACCAGAGAUAGAGAAGGUUGUGGAGGAGUUAAGGAAACUUAUAGAUUACUACGCAAAGGAAACAGGAGCCCAAGCCAACUUCCUUGCACUUGCACUUUCUUCAAGAAAAAAUCUGUGCAUUCAUCCUGAGGUGAGCUCUCUGCGAUUCGGAAAAGAAGUAGAUGGAAAGUGUCACAGCCUGACAGCGUCAUACAUACGAGCACAGCAUCACAGUAACCCAGGUCAACCUGUCUGCAAGUUCUACGAGGAAUUUGAUGCAGUAGGUAAACAGGUGCCCAUUCCUGCUGGCAUAUAUAACUUGGAUGAUCUGAAGGACUUUGGGCGUAAAAAGGGCUGGUGUCCAUAUUUUGUGGCGCGUUACGCGAUUCUCCAUGCAAACAUAGUAGUGUACAGCUACCAUUACCUGCUAGACCCAAAAAUUGCAGACCUGGUCUCGAAAGAGCUCGCAAAAAAAUCUGUAGUUGUUUUUGAUGAGGCUCACAACAUAGAUAACGUGUGUAUUGAUUCCAUGAGCGUCAAUAUUACCAGGAGGACGCUGGAUCGCAGUCAGGCUAAUGUGGAAACCCUGCAAAACACCAUUAGCAAAAUUAAGGAAACAGAUGCUGCCAAACUUCGAGAAGAAUACAGGAGAUUAGUUGAGGGUCUUAAAGAAGCGAAUGUUGCCCGAGAAACUGACAUUUAUCUCUCCAAUCCAGUUCUGCCAGAUGAAAUUCUCAAAGAGGCUGUGCCUGGCAGUAUCCGAACAGCAGAGCAUUUUGUGGGCUUUAUGAAGCGUUUCCUUGAGUACCUGAAGGCUCGUCUGCGUGUCCAUCAUGUGGUGCAGGAGAGCGCGCCUCAGUUCCUCAAAGACAUCUUUGAGAAAGUUUGCAUCGACCGCAAGCCUCUGAGAUUUUGUGCCGAAAGGCUGCGGUCACUGCUAAGGACGUUGGAGAUUGCAGAUAUUGCUGACUUCUCUGCCAUUACUCUGAUCUCUCACUUUGCAACGCUUGUCAGCACCUACAGCAAAGGUUUCACCAUCAUCAUUGAGCCCUUUGAAGAUAAAACGCCAACAAUAGCCAAUCCAGUUCUUCACUUCAGCUGUAUGGACCCCUCUAUUGCCAUAAAGCCUGUGUUUGGACGCUUUCAGACAGUCAUUAUCACAUCAGGGACGCUGUCUCCGCUGGACAUCUACCCACGUAUCCUCGACUUCCGACCAGUCACUAUAGCAUCCUUCACCAUGACGCUGGCACGAACCUGUCUUUGCCCUCUUAUUGUUGGACGAGGCAACGAUCAGGUAGCGAUGACUUCCAAAUUUGAGACCAGAGAAGAUUUUGCUGUGAUCCGUAACUAUGGAAACCUGCUGCUGGAAAUGUCCGCCAUUGUCCCUGAUGGAAUCGUGGCGUUCUUCACAAGUUACGUGUACAUGGAAAACAUUGUAGCCUCGUGGUAUGAACAGGGUAUUCUUGAAAACAUUCAGAGGAACAAGCUGAUUUUCAUAGAGACCCAGGAUGCAGCAGAGACGAGCAUGGCUCUGGAGAAGUACCAGGAGGCCUGUGAGAAUGGCAGAGGAGCGAUUCUUCUUUCAGUGGCCAGAGGGAAAGUGUCUGAGGGAAUUGACUUUGUUCAUCAUUUUGGCCGAGCUGUUAUCAUGUUUGGAGUGCCAUAUGUUUACACUCAGAGCCGUAUUCUCAAGGCACGGUUGGAAUACCUCAGAGAUCAGUUUCAAAUCCGGGAAAAUGACUUUCUGACCUUCGACGCGAUGCGUCACGCAGCACAGUGUGUGGGUAGAGCCAUCCGAGGCAAAACCGACUACGGUCUUAUGAUUUUUGCUGACAAGCGUUACGCACGAGCGGAUAAGCGAGGGAAGUUGCCCCGCUGGAUCCAAGAACACCUUACGGAUGGAAGCCUAAAUCUCACCAUUGACGAGACUGUUCAGUUAUCUAAGCACUUUCUACGACAGAUGGCCCAGCCCUUCAGACGGGAGGAUCAGUUGGGUCUGUCUCUGCUGACCCUGGAACAGUUGCAGUCUGAAGACAUGCUCCAGAAAAUUGCCCAGAUUGCUCAGCAAGCCUGAGAUUGUUAGAUGGGAAUUGUGUCAACUACCUAACAUAUGUAUAUAUAUUUAUACAUUCUUUUUUUUUUUUAAAACAUACUUUUACUAUGUUUUCUACAACAAUCCCAGAGGCAUUAAUAAAUGCUGUUCUUUUUUA